UUUUUAGAAACUACGACAUAAUAUUUUUAUACCUUAGGAACCUUUAUUUAUUUCGAACGCAGGAUCCAGAAUUGAAUCCGAUGACUGGAGGCGUAAAGCAGCGUCACCAGCUCAUGCACCCUUUACGACCGUGAUCGUAAAGUUGGGAUUGCUGAGGUCCGCAGUUGUGAGGUACAUUUCAUUAGUCCUCGAGAUGUUAGCGGAAGAGUGCAAGGCUCUUGUAUUUAUAGCUGGCUCCUCUCAGCAUUUCAAUCAGUGGAAGGCCGCAGAUUCCCAUGACGAGAUCGACUCCGGUGACAGCGAUCGAGGCGUGGGAGGAGAAAACGAUUGA